GGGUGAUUGAGAUAGGCAGCAGCAGCGACAAUGACAGUGGUAACGACAGUGAGGGGAAAGAAGAAGACCCAAUGUGUGUGAGGGAGGGAGGCGAGGACAGUGCAAGACGCCGUCCCCACCAGCAUCGGCACAGCAACCAGCAGCAGCAGACGAUGACGCAGCAGAAGCAGCCAUCCAGCCUCAGCCGCCAGCCGUCGACACUGCCGCCGCCUCUUACCCAGCCGCACCAACAGCUGCCAGAACCGCCGCCGGUGCCAUCUUUGCCGCCUGCACGUCUGCCUCCUCAACCCCCUCCUCCUGCUCCUCCUCCACCUCCCACGCCGCUGCAGCAGCUGAUGUCCGUACUCUCGGGCGCCGCCGCCCAGCAGCUAGCGGAGCAGCUGCUGGCGGCGGCGGGAAACGAUGUUGCGGCGGCGCUCAACAUGUUCUUCGACGGCGGAGGCGGCGGCGGCGCGAGGGAUCGCAGUAGCGGCGGCGGCGGCGGCAGGGCCAGCGGUCCUCCCGGUAGCAAGGCGGCGGCCGUCAGACGCGGCUCACGUGCUGCUGGCGGCGGUGGCGGUGGAAGUGCACCGGCGGCGUCUGCCUCCGCCGCCUCCGCCGCCACCAGCGCAGCUGCUGGUCCUGGGACCCCCGGCGGCGGCAGUACUGCUCGGCCCGCCAAGCGGCAGCGUCUGGCCCCGGCGGGAAGCAGUCAGGGUGGGCGAGGCGGCACUCGACGCACGCAGGCGCAAGGGCAGGUCAACGGACAGCGCUCGAUUACGGCUUUCUUCCUGGGCCCAAGGGCUGAGGCAGGGGGUCGGGCGACAGGGGAAGUACGGCAGGCGGCGGUGCGGGGUGACAGUGCGAGUGCGGCGUCCGCUGGUGUGUUGCCGUCAGGUGACAUCGCCGGCGGUGGGACCGCUAGCGGCAGCGACGGCGGCGGCGGUCGAAGCAGUGGCGGCGGUGGUGUCAGUGACCGCGGCACCGGCGCUGAGGGGUGUGCAUCUCAAGAAGAUGCAGAUCGAUUGGGGCUGGCGGCGGCGACGGCAGCCGCAGCAGGUUCAGGAGCUGGCGCGGCGUCAGCAAGGGGGCCGUCACCGCCGGCAGAUGUCGCAAUGUCGGAGCCGCCAGGCUCCCCUGCUAGGCCGCCAGCGCCGCUUCCCUCUCGGCCUCCCUCUCAGCCUCCCUCGGGAACGCAAACAGUAGCGGUUGCGGCGGAGGCGGAGGCGGAAGCAGCUACCACAGGCACUGCGGCAGUGGCGUCGGACUUGGCGGCGGUGACGGCGGCGGAGGUUAGCAGCUUGCUGGCAGGUUGCUUGGACGAUCACGGCGGUGAUGCAGGCGGUGGCAGCGCAGUCCACAGAGGUCCGGAUGAGGCGGCACCGUCGCCAGGCCCCUUGUCAGCUAAGCGGCUCAAGCUGCAACUACCCAAGUACUCCCCCACGGGGGCUGCACCGCCGACCGCCUCGGUGGCAAACUUGCAGACAGUCGCUUCCACGACUCAGUCGCCACAGCCGCCACCGCCGCUGCUAGCGGAGCAGGCCCCGCCAGCCGCCGUCCAGCGACCCAUGGGUCGCUCCGGGUCACCCAGAAGCCAUGUGGACGUCCCUCAGCUGGCCGACCCGCCCCCGACUCAGGCGCCAUCCGUACAUCCUUUCUUCGCCGCCCGAAACACAGCGCAUGGCGGCAUCACCGGAAACCGCACACCCGGCAAGGCAGAGCUGGCGUCGACUUCGCCUGGCGGGCGGCGUGCAGGGCGAGGAGGGGUCAGAGGCCGCAGCAGCGCCGCAGCUGCUGCCCGGAACCGCAGGCAGCAGGCUGGAGUCGCUCGGCCCUACACCACCAUCAAGCUAGAGGAGGAGAGGGAGGAGCGAGGAGUGGGAGAAGUGGGAGAGGAGCGGCUGGAAGGACCGGCGGGCGAGAAGGGGCUGUUGGAGGCUAGGCAGGGGAGCGGCUAUGAUGGAGGGCCUCAAGGAGGCGGCAGGGGGGCUGCUGCCAGUCGCGGUGGCGGCGGUGAUGGAAGCGGUGGCGGGAGUCGCAGCAGCUCUGAUGACGGCAGUGGCGGCUCGACAGAGGAAAGUGGGGGUGCAGGUGUUAAGCUUCGGGGUGCGGAGGAGCAUAGAGAAGACCAGAAAGGAGCACCUGGCCAUGCCCCACCACCCCCACCACUACUAGAGCCGCCAGCACCCUCCUCGUCAUCACAACCGCCCCCGGCCGCUGCGCCCUCCUGGGAACACGCCCGAAACGCCGUACUGCUUCCACUCGCCAAGUACGACCCAGUUCGACACGCUUGCUGGGGACCGACCCGUGGGUCCACACCCUACCUGCAUGUCGCACUCGCGCUCGCAGCCAUCGACUCCACCACCAAGCGCAACGCCAUCUCAGACGCCCUAACCAACAUGUUCCGCUCGGUGCUGGCGCUGGCGGCGGAUCCAAAUCAAGAUCUCGUUGCCGUACUGUACCUGGUGACGGGCCGUAUCGCGCCCGAGUACGACAAGCUGGAGUUGUCGGUUGGCGGCGCAACGGUCAGCGCCGCCAUCAUGGCCGCCACUGGCGCCAGUGCUGCGCGGCUGAAGCAGCUGUACCGGCAGCUGGGCGACUUGGGGGACGUGGCGCAGGCCUGUCGUCGCACCCAGUCCACCCUGCGCCCGCCCCCGCCGCUGCUGGUGGGGCGGCUGCUGCAGCAGCUGCGGGGCAUGGCGGCGGACAGGGGCGGAGGCGUGGCGGCGCGGCGGCAGGCGGGCGUGCUGGGGCUGCUGCGGGCGUGUCGGGACUGCGAGGUGCGCUACCUCACCCGGACACUCAUAUCGAAUCUGCGAGUGGGUGCCAACUGGCGCAGUGUGUUGGGGCCGCUGGGUCGCGCUGUGCUGCUGCACCGGCGGCAGCAGCCGGCAGCAGCAGCCGCAAACGCAGCAGCUGCAACCACCCUGGAGGCCGCUGCUGCAGGCCGCGAGCAACCAACGCACCAUCAGCACCCCCACCCCCACCACCUGCCGCCCCUGCUGGUCAGCAAGUCUGAGCUGGAGGGCGCUGCUGCAGCGGUGGUGGAGGCCUACCAUCUGUGCCCCAACUUUGAGGGUUUCCCUCACCCCGGGGGUGCCCGUCAAGCCCAUGCUGGCCCGCAUUUGCGGGGGGGUGGGUGACGGGCUGCGGCAGCUGGGCCCCGGGGCGCCCUUCCUGGCGGAGUACAAGUACGACGGAGUGCGGGCGCAGAUACACCUGCUGCCGGGGGGGCAGGUGUGCAUCUUCAGUCGCAACGGAGAGGACCGAACCGACUCCUUCCCCGACGUGUGCGCCCUGGUGCGGCAGGCGGCGGCACCAGCACCACCCGCACCACCACCACCACCACCAACAACAACAACAACCCACCCCGGCACCAGCGAUACCCAGCCAUCAGCCACAACCGCAGCAGCGACCUCACCCACAACCACAUCAGGAGCAGCAGCCGCACCAGCAGCACCAGCGGUUGGCCCCUCCUCCGCCGCCCCCUCACCGCCGCCGCCACCCGCCACCCACAGUUGCAUUCUGGAUGCGGAGAUCGUGGCAGUGGAGUGGCUGCAGCAGCAUGCGGAGGGGGAGGUGGUCAAGGAGGCGGAGGGCAAGACGAAGGCGGACAGGCAGGGCAAGGGGGGCAAGGAGGGAGAAGGUGAUGAGGAGGGAAAGGGGGCUGCUGGGCUGCUGGGACAGCGUCAGAUACUGGAUAGUAACUUAGGAGUAGAAGGUGGCACUGAUGGGGGACAUGGCGGCGACAACAACAAUAGCAGUAACGGCAGCAGCGACAACAACAGUGACAGCGGCGGCGGUGGUGGCGGCGGCGGCGGCGACGCCUCUGCUGCUGUCGUACCUCCGCCGCCGCCGUACCGUCUGCGAGCCUUUCAGGAGCUGGCCACACGCGCCCGGGGUCAGGUGGAGGAGCAUGAGGUG